UUGACAGACAGUCUUCAGCUUUCUUCUUUUUCAGCAGCGGCUAGACGUGCUGAUGGUUUACGAGGAUGGAACCAGGAGUUCAACAACAACUACAGACCAGAGGGCAAGGCGGAAACUUCAAGGGACUCUCCUGCCCGCAUUGUUCCUGCGGUUCCAUCUAGUAAUGCAUGGGCCCGAGGUCCUCCGACAAGUGUUACCAAUGUUCACAACUCAUCACAGCAAGCCACACCCACUCCAGCAUCCCCCUCGUCACAUGCCGCUGAAACGAACGCAACGGAGCCUAUGCCAAGCUCCACUAAUGAACAGGCAGCAGAUGUGUCAUCGUCUGCCACUGAGUCAUCCCCCCAGACCGAAAGUUCGUCUACAGCGGCCCCGGCGGCAUCGUCUGCACCCACUUCUGGCGCUCAAACAGCCUCACAUGAAACCACGCCAGAUUCCUCCGUUACGGCGAGCGCUACCACUGAAAAGGAAGAGGGUACGAAAAAGUUCACGUUCAAUAUCAAUGCUCCGGCAUUCAAACCCCGAAGUGCAUCUGCUCAAUUGCAACAAGCUCAACAAGUUGGCCCUCCUCCAGGUGGCCCCCCUCAAGCGAUGAUGGGCGCUGUUCCAAUGGUCCCGACUGGAGUUCCUAUUCAGAUGCCUGGCUAUCAAUACGUUGUGACUGGUGGUCAGCCGGUAAGCAUGAUGCCAAGCCAACCGAUUGCGAUGGGAGGUCCUCGACCAGGUGGACCGCCAGCAGUUGCAUUCCAACAAGGUAGCAGAAGACAAGUGAUGGUCCCACAUACAGCUGCUCAAUGGCAACCUCACGUCAUGCAAGUUGGGCAGGGAAUGGUAAGGUUUCCCAGUCCUACGUUACCCUACAUGCUCCUUUACUCGUUUUAUUGUUCAUCUCAGGUUCCAUAUGCGUAUCAGUCAUUCUCCGUGCAAGGAGGUGGAUCUGGUGCUGGCGGUGCUGGUGUGGUUCCUCCACCGCCUCCACAAGGUGGUUUCACUGGUCCCCAAGCCCCUCCACCCCAAAUGAUGCCGGGUACGCCACAAGCUGCUGCUCCUCCACCAGGCAUCUAUCCGCAACGCUUCGUUCCUGCUCAGGGUUACGUUCUUCCACAAGCCGGUGUUCAAGGUCAAGCGCGAUUUCCCACUCCUCAACAAACCCCUCAUCAAGCAAUGGAAGCGGCCCAUUUCCAAGCUCAAGGUGCCCCUGGGUCAGCUGCGGCUUCAACUGGCCCGAAUAGUCAGCCACCCACGCCUGGACCAUCUCCAGCCCAGGGCGGACGAGGCGGUUCUCCGGGUCAACAGGCGAGCGCUAUGCAGCAAUCCGUUGGGCCACCGCCGCCGCAGCAGUUCAUGGCGCCCGCAUCGGCGGCUCCACCGCCUCAUUUUUAUGCAACGGCACAGCCGGUGUACGGUAUGUAUUCGGCGCCUGCCGGUCAAGGUAUGGUCGUCUACGGUGGGCCAGGCGGAGUGCCGAUGGCUGUGCCACCAGCCCAUCAUGAUGCAGCGAUGAUGCAACAACAACAUCAGCAACAACAGCAGCAACAACAGCAGGGCGGUGGUCCGCCUCCACCUCAUCAACAAUACGCGAUGCCUCAUGAAGGAUAUGGAAAUUUUGUGCAAGCAACCCCAUUCUAUCAACAACCACCUCCUAAUCAAAUGUCACGACAAAAUUCAGCCCCACAAUCUAUGUAUCAACAGCAAGGGCCAGGUGAUUUUUUAAUUUGGCGAAUGCCAAAAUAG